CUUAAUCAACCUACCACUUUCACAUGUAGCUGUAGUGUAUAUCCGUAAUCCGUGUAAGAAAGUGGGUCCAACUACAAACCUCACAUAUUUUAGGGAUUUGGGAGGCAACCCAUACCUUGUUGUAGUAGCUUCUUUCAAAAGUCACCCAGAAGAGGAAGAGGAGGAAGGAGGAGAUGGAAGGGGAAGGGCAAGGCCAUGUUCCAGAGCAGCAGAAUAAAUCCAGAGUUGUGAAGGUCGACUCUGUGGAAUCAUGGGACUUCUAUGUUUCCCAAGCCACCAAUCAAGGCUGCCCUAUUGUUGUACACUUCACUGCUGCAUGGUGCAUGCCUUCAGUGGCUAUGAACCCCUUUUUUGAGGAAUUGGCUUCAAGCUACCCUGAUGCUCUGUUUCUCACAGUUGAUGUUGAUGAGGUUAAGGAGGUAGCAACCAAGCUGGAGAUAAAGGCCAUGCCCACUUUUUGUCUGAUGAAGGACGGUGGUCCAGUUGACAAGCUUGUUGGUGCCAAUCCAGAGGAGAUAAGGAAAAGGAUUGAUAGUUUUGUUCACUCCUUUCGUGUAUAUACAGCAUAGUUCAUUUCAGUACAUGUAUAUGCAUAUGUAUGGUAUGGUAUGGUAUGGUAUGGUACUCUCCGUUUUCAAGAUGUGAGAUAUGUGAAUAUAUGAUGGUCCACCAUCAAAACAGAUGAUAUGUAAGUUGGAGUGGAGUGCCUUGUGUAGGUGUGUAUUUUCAAUAUCA